GCUGCUUGGACGCCAAAUACCAAUGGUCAACCACCCCAGCAACAACAACAACCUCCUCACCCUCAACAUCCUCAUCAACACCCUCACCAACAACAGCAGUUGCAACAACAACCUUUGCAACACCAGCAACCUCCCCGCCUCCACCUUCCACCUCUGCCCCUCCACAACAUCAGCAGCAGUGGGCGCAACCACCUCCAACUCAUCCCAACGCUCAGUACUCCCAACAGCGUCAUCCCGCUCAGGUAUUUCGAGUCGCACACGCAAGCACUCUCGUGUGACACUAACCUUUCUCCUAUCCAGAUUCCUCCCAUCAGCCAGGCAUUGCCCCAAGGAGGACCUCCAAACAUGACCACUCUUCAACCCUCUCACCCAGACCACUAUCGCUCGCUGCCACCACCUCCAAUCCUCUACCCUAUCCUCCUCAACCCGCACCUCGUCAAAGAACAGCUAUUGCUUGUCGCUACUGCCGUCGCAGANAAGAUUCGAUGCUCUGGAUUUGAUCAAUCGGAGGAUGGUCGUUGCACGAACUGCCAACGAUUCUCGCAGGAGUGCGUCUUCACGCCCGUUUCAGCACAGUCGCAGGCCUUUGUCCCGGCGCAUACCGUCUGGAGACAGCAGGGUGCACCUNCCACAGCAACUGUACGGAGCCUAUGGUCAGCCGCUUCCUCCUCAGCAACACGCGGCUCGCGAUCCCUAUCCUGCGCCGCAACAUGCCUACCCCCUCCUCAGGGUUACCCUCAAGGUCCACCAGUCUACGCCAUGCCUCCAGGUCAUGUCCCUCAAGGGCCUCCACCCGCUCAUAUGGCACCUCCGCAACCCACUGGAACACCAAACUCUGCUCAGGAAGCUGGUCGCAAGCGCCCCAAUGAAGAGCCACACACGCCAACCCUCCCACCACCAAACCCUGCUCAGGCCGCCCAACUCUCUCAACAAGGACCUCCUCCACCUCAUGCUCAUGCUCAUGCUCAGCCUCAGUACACUUACCCCGAUCCUACUGUAUUGACACCUGCAGCUGGUUCUCCUGCUUCUUCGAACACUUCGUUCCAAUCCGCUCAACCUCAUGCUCAGCCAUACUUUGCGCCUGCACCUGCACGUAAACCAUCUCCUCAGCAAAACAACUUCGCUUAUGAACAGCCUCGUGCUUCUCACUCUCCACACGCUCAUGCUGCAUCUGUCACCCCGGCUGCAUACAAUCCAGCCGUGACUUCUCACCCUGAUUCGAAGCCCGUUCCCUCGAGCUCGGAACGUUCAAGCCCGACUACCACUGCCAGAGGUGUACGCAUCAACGAAUUGGUCGGUCCAAGUGGUCAGCCUCAGGCUCNNAGUCUCAGCAGAACCACAACCAGGCACCCCCACCACCUCCCCUCUACUGCUGCCCACUCCCAGCAGCCCCAGCAAGCACCAGGUGCUCCUCAGAACGCGUCGCAACAGGCCCAGAACCAGGCCAAUUCCGAGGGUAGCAGAAGCCAAGCUGAUAGCAACAUGCUUAGCAAACUCAACAACCCGCGCAUGUAG